AUGGCAACCAUCAACGUUCGACAUCAUCGUCGAGACCUUUCAUCAUCAAGAAGCGCACAAGAAGACAAUGCAUACAAGUUGCCCAGACUGUUGUGCGAUACACGUCAACAACGCUCAUACGAGAUAUGGGUGAUAAUGCUCGACCGUAUCUCGAACUGCCAUCCGAACUACGUCGAAAGCCUGUACCAUUGAGACAUGCUCGCAGUACGCCAAUUCUGAACCGUCAAGGCAGUGCCUUUGAGGACCCACCACGCUACGACGAUCUAUUCUAUAGUGAUCCGUAUGCCGAGCACUCUCGACCAAACAGCAAGCAUGAACCUGCAAUUUCAGAACAAGAAGUGGCUCCGGACUUUGACCAGCAGCUGAAAGAUAUAGUCCUUGUAACAGAAACAACGCAUGAAGCCAGCGAGGCCUCAUCUGUGCAUGGCAGACCAGAGGCGGAAAAGCUUUCGACGAAGCUCAAUCACUUCAGACUCGCUGUUGGAACCGCUGUCAAUGAUGCAAAGCACUUCGCCGGAGGCUUGAUCCCUCAUCCUUACGAGGCAACGAAGCAUUAUUCCAUUCUUCGACACUCUCUGGGUGUUGUCUACUACCGCGGAUUGACGACCAGAGCAACAAUCACCAUCUUCUCGGAUCGCGGGAUUCCUGCUACUCGACAGCUCUGGUUGCAAAAGCGAGGUUUCUCUGGCAAGACAGGCCUGGCUCUCGGUGCAGCAAUGGGAGUCAAGUCAGCUUGGAUUAAUGUCACCCCUGUGGAAGAAGUCACUUCGGAUCGAUUACCGCCAGGUGAUGAACGUGCAUGGCAAAGAGACAUCACCAAAUUCCUCUCAAAAGUGAAAGACACCAAGUCUGUGCAGAAUCAUCGACCCUGCGAAACACUUGUCGUCCGGAUUCCUUUCGCAUGCCAGGAUGGCUACUUCCGAAUUGUGCUUUGCGACGGGAAGAAAGUUCUGUGUCCUUCUCCAGUUUUCAGGUGCGCCUCGACUUCUUGCGACCCCAGCGUCUUACGCGGAGCUAGUCUGCGUACACUACCGUUAGAGCUAGGGAUCAAAGCAGGAGCAGUAGUUGCCGGCAGAGCUACUGCAGCUGCGUCGGCUUCACACAAGGCAAUCGCGCCAACGGUCUCGUUGGCUCGUAGCGUCACGAAAUCGGAAGUCAUGAAUGAAGUUCCGAUGCAUUGGCUUGGUAUACGGUCCGACGCGAUGCUGGACAAAUGUGAAGAGUUUGGCAGAGGAGGAGUAUAUAUUCGGCGAUGA